AUGGGACCAAAGGAACCUAGUGUUAAGGCAACUUUUGCCGAUGUCACAAAGGCGCCGACCUGUCAGGCGGACAUUGGUAAUGGGGUUAAGUUAGGGUUACUCCCCAAAGGGUACCCUAAGGCACUUUGGUCCUUAGACCAACUACAGGCCAUUCAGACGGCCAUCCUGGAGGAGGUGAGGCGGCAGCGAAAGGGCUCUGUGAAGCCCAAGUUUAGCGGUUGCACCUUCCGUCCGGGAUGGAUGUCCAUUGGCUGCGGAGACGCUGAAACGCUGGAAUGGCUGCGCAAGGUAUCCCAAACCCUGAAGCCUUGGAAGGGCGCGGAAAUUGUGGCAAUGAAUGCCACUGACGUGCCCAAACCCAGUGUAUACGUUGGGUACUUUCCGGAGCCAUCAACCACUCCAGUGGACAGUAUCCUUGGCCUUGUCGAGGGUCAGAAUGAAGGGCUGCGGGUAGGUAGCUGGAGGGUGCUCAACAGGGUACAGAAGGGACCCACCACUGGGCUCACUCUAGCGGUUGACCCGCACUCAGCGGAGACACUCGACAGGCUGGGAUACCUAGUCAAUUAUGGAUAUGGCAGGGUGCGAAUCCAUAAAAAAGGGAAGACGACUGAGUCGUCAGACCCGAAGGGUACACAGCCUGCUAUAGCCAGUUCCUCCUCCACUGCACAAAGUGCGUGCUUCAAAGAGGGACCUUGCGGUUCCAAGGACGUACCCAAGGGACUGCAAAGGUUACCUUCAGAGUAG